CAUGUCAAGUAGUAAGGAAGAUCUGAAAGGGUUACCAGAGAUCUAUCUCAGCCCAUCUCGUUCAAGCAUUUCCAGUGGACAUGGAGGUCUUCUUCCAAGUGAUUCAGAACUUAAUGUUUUGGAUGACAUAGACAGUGAGGUUUGGACUACCCUGGUUCCUGAAAUGACAGCCACAGAUGGAAUACAGUUAUCUGCUGUUAGUUCAGUGGGAGACUCACCUGAAUUGAGCCUUGGUCAAAGAGAAGAAAUUGAAGGUGUUUCAUCCAUAGACUCUCCUUUGAACUCAAAUAACUUUUCAUCUAAUAGAUCUCAGACAUUUUAUCUCCCAAGAGAACCUGAAGGCAGUAGGACAUUCAAUAGUACUGCUGAUCCUUUUCAGAAUAUAGACACUACUUCAAAUAGACAAAAUGCCAUGGAAGUAAACAGUGAUGGUCAUUGGAAGCAUCAGAGAGGAGAGACACCUGGAUCAGAUUGCCCUCCCAUUGUUGGAAUUGGAGCUCUGUCAAGAGUCUUCAGACAGCCAUUAGAUCUAAAUAUCAACAAUGCGCUGUCUUCCAAAAAUGAAUUAAUAUUUUCACCUGGGGGAGAUGAAGGUUUUAUGGUGCCUGGUGGUGUUUGUGCAUAUUAUGGAACAGGUAGUGGCUCUGAUACAGAUUUGCUUGAUUGGAAUUCUGCUGAUGAUGGGGCAGCUCAAGCUCUUAGCCCAUCCCGAGAUGUUGAAGGUGCUGAUAAUACUACAGCUAGAGCACAAUUGUAUGCAGGCAACACACUUCCAACUAGGACAGGUUUAGAGAACAUGGAGAGAAAUUCCCCAGCAGGAUUAAGUACCCCUGAUGCUGAAGUUGAUCUUCGGUAUAGAGCUGGUGGGAGGAGGGUCAUUGCAAGCCAAACUAAAACUAAAAGUAAUAUUCGUCCACCUGUUGUGGGUCAGAGUGAAGAGAAUGCUCUAACUGCUACUCGUAAAGAUUUAGGUUCAACAGAUGGAGAAGAGUCUGAGGAUGAUGGUGGACAAAAAAGAUUAACAUUGUUGAGAGAGAAUAUACUUUCUGAUAUUCAGCUUAGUUCAUUAGGAAGUCAAUCAGAAAAUACAGAUAGUGUAAAUACAGUGCUAGAUAUGAGUCGUGGAGAAGUGCAGGGUUGUGAAACUGAUGAUACUGCUGAUACACUCCUUUUAUCACCAUCACAGGUAUUAGAGACAGGCAAUUUACAACAUAAUCCAAAACCUACUUUUGUUGUUGGUGGUUUAAUUGCCCCUAGGGCUAAAUAUAAAGUGUUUCAGAAUACUAUCCGUGGUAGAAUGCUGGAUAUGAUGGCAUCGCUAGAGCUUGAACCAAAUCUAGAGGCAAAGGUUUUUGUUGACCGUGAUCAUUUCCUAAGUCAGCCACCAUUGGGCCCACAGGUAUCAACAGUCAGUGAACAAGAAACUUCUUUAGCUUCCAUGGUAUCUGUUGAAUCGACCAACCAUCCAGAGUCUUCUGACAGAGUAACGUCUCCUUCAGUUCUGUCUGUGUCAAGUGCAGCAUCGAGUAAACGACUAGAGUGGGAUUCUGGAGCAGAUGUUGGUUAUGCUGGUAAUACACCUGAGCAAAUUACAUCUUCAUUGAGUACAUUAGAGAGAAUUGCACUUGGCAGUUAUGCUUCUGUACUAAGGACAGAACCAGAAGGAACAACUCAUGUUGCAGAUAAACAGAAACCAACCAGAAAGAGUGCAAAAGGUAUUAGCGUAAAGUCUGCAGGAACUGGUAGCCAUAACAAGCGAUCAAAUCAGGAAAAAACCACUACAUCAUCAAUUUGUAAGCCUCAUAGAGGACAACAUUCAAAAGGAAGAUAUAAAGUGUCAUCAAGUGAAGAAGACUUUGAAAGACGAUUCUCAAGUCCUGCAAAUAGCCCCAGACGUAGACCAAGAAAAAGACCAACCACUUCAAAUUUGAGAAAGUUAGAUUUGCCUGUUAAAAGUAGUGCUGGGAAGACAAAGAAAACCUUUGGAAGGCUUCAUGAAAUACUAAAGGAGCUUAACAGUGAAGGCAAAGCAAGUAGCUUAGUGGAGUUAAAUCAGACUUCAAGACCUGCUUCAGAGUAUAGAAGGAGUAAUAGUCAACAAUCCUUGCUGUAUUCAGGAGACACAAAUGAUAAACAAACUGAAGCAGUUGCAAGUAUGAGUGCUGCCGUCGGUAGCAGUACUUCUGUUGUUACGGCUGUGUGUUGUAGAGGGAAGCCUGAAAGCAGUUCAUGUUCUGGUAAUGCCACUAGCAUGGCUGAAGCGUCUUCCAAAUUGAAAAUGGAAAGUAAAAAGUCUCAGCAGUCAUUAAGAUUGCAGAAAUUCACCACUGUGACUAGAAACCAAGAGAAAGUAAUUUUAUCAAGUAGCAACGAAGUUAGCUCAAAAUCUCAUGGCAGCUCAGAUAAUGAAACACUCUCUGAUAUAAAAGAUACAGAGGGCGAUAGCUGUCCAUCUUCCAAUUUGGUAUCAGAUGAAGAACCGGUGAAUUUGAAGGCGAGAAAGAAUAGUGAAAAUGCUAAAAACCAUGAAAAUAUAACCAAACUAAACUUGAGAAGCAGCAGUAGUAAAUCAGAUCAGCACCAUGUGCAGAAGAGAAAUGAUGAUAGUAGUUCUUCAGGUUCUCUUCAGAGGUCAUUUUUAGAAAGUCAAGUGUCUAUUCAGUCUUCCAAUAAUUCUCUUCAGGCACUCUCUGUCAGACUGAGAGAGAAAAUCCAGGCACUUUUAGAUAGUGGAACAGUGAAGAAAGUACAGGAUUAUAACAAACUACAAGAUUACGUUGCUUUCAUUGGCAUGCCUUCGACAAGUGAGGAAGAAUGUCAGUUGAAGCAUGGUGUAGCAAGUGUCAUCAUGAGGAUGUUUGGUGAAAUAGAAGAUGACACUGAUGCCUCAAACUUGACUUCUGAAACUUCAGAUCCUGUGACUCCCAGUUCUCCAAGUGACUACAAAGCUGAAAAUAUGAUUGUUAAUACGCUCUUUAGUCAUCAUCAGGAUGGUAUUUCACAUGGAGUAGGAGCUAGCAAUAAUGAUAGGAUUGUUUCCACAACAUCCAAGGGUGUUGUCACAUCCAGUGAAGGUAGUCGAUCAGUAACGCCAAGUGAUACUGUCAAGCUAGUGCCUUAUCAUCCACCUUCAGCAACCCGAACAUAUUUCAUGGCUGUUUCUUGUAAUUUAGAAGAAGGAGUGGUGGAAGGUGAACGUGUCACAACUCCUGAAGGUUUUGUAUUGUCACCACGGGGUUUGAACGAUCAACAGGAUGAUGAUCUCCGAGGUCAAGCAGAAGGCCAGAGGGAAUUAGUCGUUGAUGACUCAGAGCCGUCAAGCCCCACAGCAUAUCAGCAUGAAUCUAGAAUGAAGUAUGUAGAAGAAGUGAAUGAAGUUGAGCGUUACAAUACAUCUGAAGGAGAGACCUCAAUAUCUGUUGUCCUAACCGCAAGACAGGAUGACCUCCGAGGUCAAGCAGAAGGUCAGAGGGGUAUCAUCUUGGAUGAUUCUGAGCAGUCCAGUCCAACUACUUAUCGAAGUGAUGCAAGAAUGGAGGAUGACAGGCAGCCAUCUGAAGAGAAUGACAGAGUCAUUCCAGUAAAGGAUUCAGAAGAUGAUGAGUCUGUAUCUGUCUCUGGUGCUACAGCUUUACCUCAAGAAUGGAGUAAUGGCAUGAAAUCGCACAUGAGGUCAAACAUUUUACCAGGGUCUGUCACUUCAGAUGAAAGCUCUCCUCGACAUGUCCGGCCUUCUACUUGGGACAGGCAAUCAAAAUGGGAUGAAGAUGAAAAGGAAGCUAGGAAUGAAGAAGCCAUAGGGUGGAAAUAUGCAACAACAAGAUCUGAGAGCCUUUAUAAAGACAAGCUAGGUACAUUACAUGUAGCUAAACAGCCUCCAGGCUAUGCUGAUGAUCGUGAUAGCCAUCAGAGUGAAUCUUUGUCUGACCAUGAGCCCCACCAACUUUGUGCAAAUGACACAGAGUCUCAAGAGGACAGAAGGCCUUAUGGUCAUCCUUGGACAAGUUCUGGAUCAGAGAGUGCAUAUGAAACAAUUCGUGAAAGACAUCGACACGUAGAUGAGGCGCUGGCAUCCAGUUUUGAAUUUUACUCCACAUCACCACGUGACGCUCGAUUGCUGGGCUACAUUUCAAGUGAAGCUGAAAAAGACCAGGAGAAGAAAGUUGAUUGUGUGAUGGAGGACCAGCUAGAUGAAGAACAAAUUUCUGAAUUGUCUCCUCUGAAGUCAGAGCUUCUUUCUGUUGAGGAAUACUCUGCUCAGAAGUCAGGCAAAUCUAAGAAUCAUUCUUUAGACAAAAAUGAUGGAUGUGGAUCCAGAGAUGCAGCUAGGUUCAUUUCUUCUUUUUCAAGCCAUACAGAUGAGGAUCUCAGCAGCAGUCAAUUAUCAUUCAUUAAGCUCCAGAAACAUCGUUAUGUACGGAGAAUACAGCAUUAUAUAGACUCCUUGGAAAAACUUGAAAGGGUCUUGGUGUCACAGUUUGGGGACAGUAUCGGAUCUGAGAAGAGCUUCCAAAGAUAUGUUACUGAAGGACGUUCUCAUACAGAAUCUGAUUCAAACAAGACUCAAACAAGGGAUAUUCUUGGUCAGUCAGGAACAGCCUCCAGUAGCAUAGCAUCCAGUGAUCUCAGUGAUGAUGGGUUUCGUAGAAAAGUCCUCCUCCCUCGCUGGCGCAGAAAAGGAGUCCUAUCAAGAAGUAAUGCUCAUGCUGAAAGUCAUGAUAUUCCAUCCAUAUUAACAAGGAGAUCUGAAGAGGGAGCUGUUGGCCCCUUGCAACAGUCUUCUCUUGUUUCAUCUCCCAGGAUCAAUAUGAGUAACAGAAGUUCAGAUAUUGUCAGCUCAAGAACUUCAACGCUUAAGCAAAUUGAAAAGGAAGUGAGAAUGUUGGCUCUAGCUGAAGAGAAAUCGCGGCAUGCUGUUCGAAAGAAUGGAAAACCAAAAUCCUCAGGGAAUAGAAAAACGGGUCGAUAUGAUAUGCAGCGAAUGCAGCGGGAAGAGCCUCGUGGGGAAGAGGAUCCAGUAAGGUCACUCGUUUCUAGCAGAAGAGGAACCUUGGAUAGUAAUCUCUCAAGCAAAUUCUGUGCUCCUGACCAUGCACUGAGUUCAAAAGGACCUACAAAGAAGAAAGAAAGAGUUCACAAAGUUGCAGAUGCAAACCAGGUAUCUGAAGAAGAAAUUUCCAGCCAAAGUAUUUCAGACAGUCAAAUAUCCAGGCGAGGGGAUGGAAGGGAAACUGGAGAUGCAAAGCAACAACCUACAAGUCAGGCUGCUGUUACAGCUUACAGUGCUAGAACCAGUUACAAACAGAGCAGUGUAGUUAAUUCAUCUUCUAAUAGAGAUAAUCCUCCGCCAAAAUCUAAUUCAGUUCAGACGUUACGAUUAGAUUUUGGACAGAUGUUUCCAAGUACUGAUUGCCUUAGUUCAAACUCAUUUCUUGAUGCACACAGUGUAGGAAUACAGACUGGAACAUCAUUACUGUGCCUUGAUGACAGAGAAAACGUAUGUCAUGGUAAAUUAUCUUGUGUUACCUCAUCUCGUAGUCAGAAGAAUAAGAAACAGAGAGAUUCUUGUACCAGUGUUGUCUUGGAGAAAGAGAUUGCAAUGAUUCAGGAACCACAACCAACAGGUAGUGGUGAUUUACAUGAUCAAAGCAGUUCUGAAUCAGCAGUGAUGGGCAUCAUAGACAGAAACAUUCCUACUGGCAGUAGUUUUGAUGGUCAAGACAAAUGUACAUUACAGCCAUAUGGGGAGGGAAAGGUGAAGGAAAAGAGGUCAGAAUAUAGUGACAAGACAGAAAUAAUGAUUGCCAAGAAUUUAGAAGCUGAAGAUAAUCAGGAGGUCAGUAAGAAAAUGACACAUUCAUAUCAACCAUCAAAUGGACAAUAUAAUGCAGAGACAAGCAAUAGUAGAUCAGCAAAAGGUUUGAAACUAGCAACUACUUCUAGAAGUACUGAGCAAAAUUUAAUUGAGCUAAAUGUGCUGCACUCAUUACCUCAUUCAGGAAGAACUACAAUUAUUUCAAAACAGAAGGCUUCUGCUGGACAAGGAAAAAUUCAAGAGACCCUGUCUAGUUACAGCUCAGAGGAAUCUAGGGUAUCAGUUUGUGAGGCACAAAAUGAAGUCUCUGACAUUGAUUAUAAUUUAAAUGAACAUGGUCAGCCCAAAAUAGGACCCUCAGAAUCAAAUUUCAAAAACCAAGAAAAAGUUGUAACUGAAAAUAAUAAUUCCAGUUCCCCUGCUAAGGUGUACCAUGAAAAUAAUAGAUCGUUGUCAUUAGCAGUAAAAAAUAGACGUACAAAUGAAGAGUCCUCUUGUCUUCAAGAACUCUCUGACAAUGUGCACAUUCCAGAAAGAGAUAUGGACCAUGAUACCAGAAGUUACAAAGGGAGUCACUAUCAGCUCCCAGGUGCUGUACAACAGCAAAAUGAAUUGCAAAAAACUAUGUUACAUAGAAGUUCUCAAAAUAAUGGAUAUAUACAUGGCAAACAAAUGGAUCAGUCAUCUGGUGUCAUUCAAAGUUAUGGCAGUGAAGGGGAUGUUGUUCAAAAGUCAAAAAAUUGUUUGGUGGUAAUAAAUAGCAAUCAGUUAAUACCAUCUAAGAACAUGGUUGAAAGUAUCAGUGAAUUAGGUGUUGCUCAUGUCAGUAAUUAUGCUGGUAGAGGUUUAGAACAUAGCACCAAGCAAACUUUAGAUAGUGGUCAAAUCAGUGUUCAUGCAUCAAGUAAGAAAACACCUGUUACUUUUGAAGUAAAUGUUAAUGACAAGGAAAAUGUUUACAAAGAUGUACUCAAGAGCAAAGUUAGUUCACACCAAGAAACAAGAUUGUGCAUCAACACUACGGAGAAUAUAACUCUACAGGAAGCCUUGCUGAAAGCUAGGCCAGACUAUGUACGUGAAGCAGGGGAACGUCGAGCUCUGAUACGUUUGAAGCAGGAGAUGCGUCAGGUUGCCCAAAGUCGAAACCAUGAUAUUAUAUCACAAAUUCCAACUAAUCUUCAAACACCGUCAACAUUGCAAAGAUUUCUCUAUAAACCAGAUAUUGCUCCGUUGUUUUCAUAUAGAGAUAUACGGGAGCAGAACCGUCGUUUAUAUCAACUUCUCCCUGAGGCAAAUAUUAAACAGAUUAGGUCACAUUGCACUGCUAAGGAUCGCACAAACAGACUGAUAGCAAAAAUGUAUAGUCAGAAAUUAAGGAACAAGGUACUGAAGGGUCAAGUAUCUCAUGCACACAAGGAUAUUGUUUCAACCACACCGGUACAGAGGAAGUGAUAUAUUCUUGAAUUGAAAUUUUACAAGAGUACAUGGCUGAAUCUUGAUUGUUUUUGUUAUCACAGUAUCUCAAAAACCUUAAAAAUGAAAAACUAUUCAGUAAAUGACCUUAAUAUUAAGUUAUUCUUUUAGGUAUACAAACCAUAGCAUUUUAUGUAGUAGUUUUCCUUAUUAAGUUAUAAUGGGUUGUUGAAACUUGGUUUCUGAUGGUCGGCGGAUGAGUGAUGGGAACAACCUACCCACCCACCAUCUGCAAUCAUCAAACACCCUUUUCUUCAGCUGCAAUUGAGCUAAAGACAUUUUCUGUGCUCUGACUGAUUGUUGGGUUAAAACUACUUUUAUCAUUGUUCAUUCAAUGUAUGGUCUUUGUGGUUUUGUUUUGUUUUGUUCGAGCAGAUUUCAACAGGAAAAUUGAACAACUAAAAGGUGAAGGUAAGUGGAUGUUUGGCCUCUUUAAUGUCCUUGAAAUUAGCGUAGCCAGCUUUUUGUUCUGCCUGGGUGUAGGCGUUUGCUGGCUAGUCUCCUUGGUAGUGGAGAGGUCUGGCAGCAGUGGAUAAAGGCCAAAAGAUGUUCAAUGCUAUCUUUGAAGGGGAUUACUCCUGCUUUCAAUAUUGCUGAAUCUCUAGGUUUCUUCCUCUUGGACUAACCUCUCUCUCUUCUGUUCAUUCUUCU